ACUGUUACGAUCGAUUUUUGUUCUCUCCCUAGUUUUGUCUGUAGUCACCAGUUUGGGCGGAUAAAAACCUCUAGGGUUUAAGCCGGUGAAGAGAAGAGAAAGAUGUUUUUGGGUGCGUUUCCUCGGAAGCCGGACAAGGCUACUGCGCUGAAGCAGCUGAGAUCUCAUGUAACGAUGUUUGGAGUGUGGGUGGCCGUUGUUCGAGUCACUCCUUACAUUCUCCAUUACCUUUGCGAAGAAAAAGAGGAACUCAAGCUCGACCUCUGAUUCUCACCUCCAUGUUCUCAUAUGAGCAGAUGCAGAAUGGAGGUUUUGUGACGAUGGAGAAGUAUUGCGGUUCGUUAUUUCAUUAUUUCUUUUAGUUAUGGCAGUGUGACCAACUUGUCAUUCGAUCUUAUGUCGAGGGAUAAUUGUUUAUGAAUGAUUUUUUUUUAUCAAGGUUAACACAUUUGGAAAAUUAGAUGCAUAUGUAGUGCUA